CUUCAAUUCGAGCGACGGAAACGGAAGUGGGAUGACGCCACGUGCCUGUUUGGCUCGAGCUUCAAAUUGAGUGGGUGAAGGUUUCGCAGUGCGUGAGGAUUUAGCUGGAAAACCGUGACCCCGAGCAACAAAAGGUCCAUGCCGAUGCAGCCUAUUACUAACUCCAAUGGAGAGAGAUACCGUGCUGAUCUGGAACUGAAAUGGAUAGGACAUUAUUGUAAAUAGGGAUUGUAAGAGAUGAGCAGUAAUAAAGAACGGGAGAAUCCUUCACUACACUAGGAUCUACAUUUAUUAAAUGCUAUGGAGAAAAGUGUGGACAUUAAGGAAGAGAAGUGUGAGUGGGAAUGGUUGCAGCAUCAGUGGAAUGCAUCUAAAAUAAAGGAGGAUUGUGAAUCUGCAACAAAAAGCAUGAAAGAAUACCCUGAACCAACAUCUGAUAGCAGUGGCAUGCAGAAAAGUGAAAUUAUCAAUUGUAUCAAGGAAGAAAAUAUUAAAUUGGAGAGUGCAUCUCAGAAUUUCUGUGCACAUGGAGAUGGACCUAGAUUAGGUGUCACACAUAGUAGACAGAGCCCCCACCAGAAUGAUUCUCUCCAUGUGAAGUUGGAAUCUUUGGAGUGUGACAUAAAGAGGUCUGAGAAAGCAACAUGUCUGAGCCACAGUGGAAAAGAUGUAGAAGAGAGCAUCAAUGCCUCUUUGUCUUCAAUUUGUCAGUACGAACUUCAGGAGAUUGAAAAUAUGAAGAUAACGUCUGGAUCAGGGGUUUUGAUACUGGACACUUUACAGUAUUGUUCCCAGCCUGUUGUGACAUUAAAAAAGAGAAACAAAAUGAAUAGAGAACAGGUGGACAAUGCAAAUUCAAUGAUUUUGAAGGACUGCCAAGAGAGGGAAAAAUAUUUUAAACGUAAAUCUAAACAAAAAUGUAAGUGGAGUCCAAUGACACAGAGGACAUAUUGCUGUUCUCAAUGUGGCAAAACAUUUUCUACUAGCAGCAAAUUUUGCAAACACACAAGAAUUCACAGUGGAGAGAAACGGUAUUGUUGUUCUCACUGUGGCAAGCAAUUCUACACCAGCAGCAAUCUUCUGGUCCAUUCAAGGGUUCACACUGGAGAGAAACCAUAUUGUUGUUCUGAAUGUGGCAAAGGAUUCUCCACAAAUGCACACCUGAAAAUCCACACAAGAAUUCACACUGGAGAGAAACCCUAUUGCUGUGAAGAUUGUGGCAAGCAAUUCCCCACAGCUACCCAACUUCAAAUUCACAUAAGAGUUCACACUGGAGAGAAACCGUAUUGCUGCACUGACUGUAGUAAGCAAUUUGCUACCAGUGGCAGUCUUCAGUACCACAGAAGAGUGCACACUGGAGAGAAGCCAUAUUGCUGUACCGAAUGUGGCAAACAAUUCUCCACUAGCAGCAGUCUUCACAAGCACACAAGAAUUCACAGUGGAGAGAAGCCAUAUAGCUGUUCUUACUGUGGUAAACAAUUUUCCGAUAGUUCAAACUUUCAUUUACACACAAGAGCUCACAGAGGGGAGAAGCCAUACUGCUGUUCUGAAUGCGGUAAGCGAUUCACUAACAACCGCAGUCUUCGGAAACACACAAAAAUUCACACCAGAGACAAGUGAGAACAUUUGGACAUGAUAAGCAUGACAAAGCAAUCUUCAUCAACAGAAAAUGGACAUCUAGUGCAAAUGUCAUUCUUGAUGAACAAUGUGUCACCAGAGAUCUAAAACCAGAAGAAACUUGUAAAUACCUAAAAAGGAGCAGACAAAAAUACUUAUCAACAAAUGCAAUUGGAAAUAACCCAAACCCAACAAAACCACUGAAGUAGUGCUAGUGGUGCUGGGAUCAACAUGACUCAUUAAAAACUUCCAGGCAUGAACACUAGCUGCGGCAUCACCAGAUCACCCAAACACCCUGCCAAUCACUGUAUGACUUACAAAAAGUACUAUGAAGAACAAUGCAGGUGCUAUGUUGAGCUCUGGCAGUAAAUUUAUGAGGCUAUCAACAGUAGCAGUACAAAACAACUUCAUGACUUGAGCACGAUGUUCACUGUCCUGAUAGUAAGUGCACACGUACUGUUCUUGAGAAAUGAAUCCUGAGAGAAGAAGUGAAGUAUGUGUGGUGCGUAACUAUGCUAACUGGUUAUUAGUUUUUAUAUAAUGGACUUUCUUGUGUAAAUUCUAUCAAGUAGUGUUUAUGCAGACUUCUUUCUUAAUGUGAUAUUGUUUCAAAAAAGAAAAUCCAGAGUGGCUUCUAAAUCUUCCGGGAUUUUAAGGUGCCCACCCCUUGUCUCUACAAUAAUUUAAACAAUGCCCAAUUUGAUAUUAUA